GCGGAGAGAGAUCAGCCAAGCAGGGCAGCUGCUUCGUUGCUGUUGUUAAUCAUUCACUGGGCAGGAGGGAGUUUCUGCUCAUCCAUUCAGCUGUCCCUGUCUGGCCAACUGCAUGGCUACCAUUUAGGAAAGUUUUGGUGGAACCAACCAUUCCUGGCCAGCCUCAAGGCGUUAUGACAGACUGUCUUGCACAGAGCUGCGGACUGUAGCAAUCAAGAUUGUUUUCUUCCUUGAGAAGCUACCCAAGGCCCCAGCAUAGAGCCUGCUACUUCCUCCUCUGCUACCACAGGCUGUAAUUUCCUUCAGACGUGGUUCCCACAUCAAUCAUCCUGUUACCUGAUAAGCAGUAGCAAUUCAAUGAUUGUUUAUUAUCACGUUCUUUUCAGCAAAAGAUGUUGGGGAAGCAGCAGGUCCUGUGCAUCUCAAGAGCUCUGAAUGGGACCCAUCGUAAGAAGGGGGAAAUGGCAGCCUGGCCCUUCUCUAGGCACUGGAAAGUCUUGGAUCAAAUUCUGUUCCAGAUGAUCUUGGUCACUGUUCUGUUGGCUCCUGUUACUGGUGACUGUGACCCCCCACCCUAUUUGAUUUUUGCUUCUCCAACAAAUGAACUGUAUAAGACUGAAUACAGAACUGGAGAAACUGUGAAAUAUACCUGCCGCCCUGGCUAUGGCAGAGCAUCCUCCAAGCAGUUGCUUACCUGUACAUCCAGAGGCCUGUGGGAGUACGAUACCUUCUGCAUCAAGAAACGAUGCAGAAACCCAGGAGAUCUACCUAAUGGGCAAGUGGAAGUUAAGACAGAUUUCUCUUUUGGAUCACAGAUAGAAUUCAGCUGUUCAGAAGGAUAUUUCUUAAUUGGGUCAACCAGUAGUUAUUGUGAUAUUCAAGAGAAAGGAGUUGAAUGGAGUGAUCCUCUCCCAAAAUGUGAAAUUGUGAAAUGUGAGUCCCCUCCGAACAUCAACAAUGGGAAGCACAACGGCAAAAAUGAAGAGUACUUCACGUUUGGAUCCAUCAUCACCUACACCUGUGACCCGGACUUCACACUCUUGGGCGAGGCCUCCAUUUCCUGUACAAUACAGAAUAAAACAGUAGGGACCUGGAGCUCAGACCCUCCUACCUGCAAAAAAAUCAUCUGUCCUCAGCCAGAUGUCCCAAAUGGGAAGAUUAUCUCUGGGUUUCGAUCCAUCUAUAGAUACAAAGAUUCUAUUAUGUUCAACUGCAAGGAUGGUUUUGACCUCACAGGCAGCAGUUUAAUCCAGUGUGAGAAUGACAGCAGUUGGAAUCCUUCACUUCCUGUUUGUAAGCCCAAUAGUUGUAUUGGCUUACCAAAUAUUCCAAAUGCUUAUCUGCCGACACAAAAUCUCAGACAAGAGCCUGUGUAUUCUGUUGGGAAAAUGCUAAGUUACUGGUGUAAGAGUGGCUACAAACCUGCAACAAAUGAGCCUCUAUUUGUGACGUGUCUGGAAGAUUUCACUUGGAGUGUGGCUGCAGCGUGUGAAGAGGUAUGUUGCUCACCACCACAGCUGGAGAACGGUGAAAUUGUGGAGCACAAAAAAGCCUCCCAGCGCAAUAACUGCACCUACUUCUACAGAGACCAAGUUUCCUACUCGUGUCUGCGGAAAGCACGGUCUUCAGUUACUUGCCAAGCGGAUGGCAGAUGGCACCCUCAAACACCAUCGUGUAGUUUCAGUUGCAAUAGUCCGCCUAGCAUUGCCCAUGGGCAUCAUAGACAAAAGCGUUUUACACUCAACGUGGAGGUUGAAUAUGAAUGUGAAGAAGGCUACACGCUGGUGGGAGCGAAGAAACUCUCCUGCAAAAAUGAACACUGGUCCCCAGAAGCCCCUCAGUGCAAAGCUGUGUGUCCGAAACCAGAAAUAAUGAAUGGAAAGCUGUCUGUGGUGAUGGCACAAUAUAAUGAAAUGGAAAGUGUGACUGUCCAGUGCAACGCUGGUUAUGGUGUGAUUGGUUCCUCAAACAUCACUUGCUCAGAGAACAGAACUUGGCACCCAGAAGUGCCCAAGUGUGAGUGGGUGGUUCCUGAAGGCUGUGAACAAGUGCUUGCUGGUCAAAGACUCAUGCAGUGUCUUGCAAAUCCAGCUGAGGUGAAGAUGGCCCUGGAGGUAUACAAGCUGUCCCUGGAGAUUGAAAUUCUGAAACUACAGAGAGACAAGGCAAGGAAAUCCAUGGAGCAGUCAGAACUGUAAUUUUCCCCCACAGAAGGUCGCAAAUAUGCCAAAAGCCUCAACUCAGACAGAUCAACUCGGUCUCUCUUUGGCACCAAUAUUUAUGGUAAUCAGUACCUAGAAAGGGAUAUGGUUAGCAUGUAGGGACACACAUUUGUAGGAUGAUUGCAUAUCCUGCAGCUUCUAUUUUUGCUUUCUGGACACAACAUGCAUAUUUUUUUGCUAUUAAAAAUGUACACAGCUGAAA